UGGAGACCUACCAUCCUGUAGGUUUUAAUUUCCGCCUUAAUUUGGCAUACCUGCUUCGGCUAAUUAGCAGUUAAAUGAGAUCUGUACCUGUUGAAUGAGGUGUGCUUUGUUGGGGUUGGAAUGAAAGCCUACAGGAUGGUGUUACAUCACCAGGAACAGGGUUUGGGUAGCCCUGGGAUUAUACGAAUUUAACAGGCAAGGGACCCUCAUUUAUGUCCCCUGAAGAAUUCCCAGGUACACGCAUUUCACACACACCAGGAGAUAUAUUCUGUAGCACGAGGGGAAAAGCACAUUAAGACUAACGCGUUUCGACAGUGACCUACGCUGAGAACUGGUGAGCAGCGUUUUCCUACUGUGCCACCAAUUCUACUCUGCACUCUUAAUCUUCUAGUUUAUUUAUUUUAUUUUUUUUCGAAAUUCAUUCAACACCAGGGCUGAGUUCGAAAGCCACACGCUUACUUUCGACAGCGGAAUCGCAUUUUUUUCCUUUUUGGUCGGGGGUUAAGAAGAAAGAACGUAGUAAUACAUAAAAGAAAUACAAAAAAGCAAACAACUGUUUACGCAUUUUGUUAUCAUUUUUCCUUCGCGUUCAUGGUCUCAAAUUAAUUGUAUUGGGCCUGAAUAUAGCCUACGGAAACAAUUACGUGUGUUUGCAGAAGGCGCCGUCAUUUUGGAAACGAUUCUAGAAGAGCCAUCUGGAGAGGAAGAGACGCUACACAGACGCAUGCGGCCCAGAGGAAAAGCAGUCACGCGGAGGUCCUGUACGGCAAACACGACCAAUGGGCAUUCUGACCACAUCAAUCACCAAUGACUCCAUUAUUAGACCAGUGGGAUUUUACAUUGUCGGAUUUACCCAUUUGAACUUUACUGAUUUAUACUUAAGCUUCCUCACUGUUGUUUAUAUUGUAACGGUUUUGGCCAACUUCUUUAUCCUGUCCAUUAUAUGGAUAGACUAUCGCCUGCACACUCCAAAGUACAUUGCGGUGGCUAAUCUGGCGAUCGUCGACUUGGUGCUCAGUACAACCAUUAUUCCAAGUAUGAUCAAGAUGUUUCUCGCGAAAGAUAACUUUAUUUCCUACAACGCGUGUUUGACUCAGAUGUUUUUUUAUUACUGUUUCGUCUCAUUAGAGUCGUUUUCCCUCAGUGUACUUGCCUAUGACAGGUUAAUUGCGAUAUGUUUCCCACUGAGACAGAGUACUAUCAACACAAUCCCCGUCAUGAUCAGUAUUUUAGUCACUGUUUGGUCAUUUUGUAUAAGUGUUAUUGUGUUCGCGGUCAUAAUCAUGACCAGGCUAUCUUUCUGUAAUUCGGUCAACGUGCAGAGCUACUUCUGUGACUACACUCCCAUGUACAGACUAGCUUGCAAUGAUAACCGAUUGCAGUGGGCCACUGCCUCUUCUCUGAGUUUACUUAUUGUGUUUGUGCCCCUUAGUUUAAUUAUCAUGUCAUACAUCUGCAUUUUGACAGCCGUGUUUCGAAUGAAAAAUUUAGACAGCAGGUACAAAGCACUGUUAACGUGCACAGAACAUCUCGUUCUCGUGGCGAUUUUCUACGUGCCGAUCAUGACGGUGUACAUCAUCGAACUUUUCUUCUUCCAACUCGAUCCAGAUGUCAGGAUCCUAAACUUGUCUUUGGCCAAAUGCAUCCCACCCUGCCUGAACCCCAUUGUGUAUUCCCUGGCAACCAAAGAAAUCAAGAACAGAGUACUGGCCAUGUUUCAGAAGUUCAAGGUAGCAGCGUGGUCAGGGUAGGCAUAGACCAGGGUUCCCACUCGUCCUGGAAAACCUUGAAAACCUGGAAAUAUAUCAACUAGUUUUCCAGUCAUGGAAAACACCUGGAAAAUGAGAAAAUUUACAAAAUGUCCUGGAAAUAUUUGUGAGGUCCUGGAAAAAUGUGAAGUCCAAUGUAAUAAAUUUGAAUUGUAUUUUACUGGAAACACAUUCUAUCUUAAGCAAUGUGCAAAUGUAAUGAGUGAGUAAAACUAGCUCAGGCAAUCUCAAGAAAUAGUACACCCCCCCCCCCCCC